AUGUGGAUCUUACCAUUAGUAGGAUACCUUGGGGUGAUUGUAGGGUUCUGCUUCCUCACCCUCGCCAUAGCAUCUGGCCUCUACUAUCUUUCCGAGCUCGUCGAAGAGCACACCGUCUUGGCCCGCCGCCUGUUGACCAGGCUAAUAUACGCAAUAAUCACCAUUCAAAUACUCCUCAUCCUCUUCGACAAGUUCCCUUUCUUCCUGUCUCUUCUCAGCAUCGUCUCCCACAUUGUCUACGCAAGCAACCUCCGACGUUUCCCCAUCGUCAAGCUCUCCGACCCCCUCUUUAUCCUUUCAUGCUUUCUCGUCGGCUUAAACCAUUGGCUCUGGUUCCGUCACUUCUCGAAGCCCAUCGCCCCGUCACGGAGCUCAACGAGCUGGCGCCAGCCAUACCAGGUGAACCCGGGAGAUAUGCCGAACUUCGCGGAGGUAGCGUCGUACUUUGGGUUGUGCGUGUGGCUAGUGCCCUUCGCGUUAUUUGUUAGUUUGAGUGCUGGGGAGAAUGUGCUGCCGACUAUGGGGUCUGAGUAUGCGACAGGUGAGCCUGUGCCGACCGCUGGAUUAAGUCGGGACUCUUUGGGGGCUGUGGAUGGGAAGAAUAAGAAUAAGGGCAUGGCGAAAGCAUUGGUUGAUGGGGUUAGGGAGUGGGUUAGUGAGAAUGGUGAGCUGAUGGGAUUCUGGAAGGGGGACCGGGCUAAACGGUUCUAA